AUGGCGGCGUGGCCCGCGCAGAGCGGUUACAGCUGCGUGCCCAAAGGCGGACAAAGACCUACAAUUAAAACCCUCUCCAAUUGGCCACCAGUGGCACGAGAGAGUGUCUGUGUUCCGGAGUGGAGAGCACGAUGUGCCCUGCGGGGAGGGAUGGCUGCCGUGUCUCAUAGCUGUCCUGGGAGAGGGCUGAAAAGAGAAUGGAAACGAAAUUAUGACCGAACAUAUGCUUGGAUCUUCAUGGGAUUGCAUAAAGUUUAUUGUGACGUGCAAAUCUCCAAGCCUUGGAAUCAGCUAAUGCACAGCUGUGCACAAAGGCACAGGAGAGGAGCCCUCGUCCCUGUUGGAAGCAGCUCUCAGCAGAGGGCGUUUGUGAGAUGUGUGACGUUACUCAUUCCUGCACAGACUGAUUUUGCAUCUCUACGUUUGGGAAUUACUGAUGAGUGCUUUCAGAAGGUAAAACUGAGAAGAUCCGUGCCUGGAAAAGACGUUUUCCCGAGGCAACCCCACUCGCCGCUGGACGCUGUGGUCCACUCUGCAGUUUUACAGCAGCUCUCCUGGGCGCUGGUAGCGGUGGGGACGCGGGCUCCGGAGGCUCCUCGCCCGCCGUCCCUUCCUCAAGGGGGAGAGGGCGGCUCCACAGCCGGCCUCUCGGGGCCGGAUGAUCGCAUCCUCCUUGCGCUGCAGGAGAGCUGGAGGAUGGAAGCAGAGCUGCCGUCUGGUUUCACAGCGAUGUCCCGUGGGGAGAAUGGGAGCACCCCCUCAGAAACAGACACAGUCCUGCUGCCUCCUGCACGGGGCACGGCCAUGCUCACCAUCCGCUGCGUGAUCCCCUCGCUCUACCUGCUCAUCAUCACUGUGGGCUUGCUGGGCAACAUCACACUCAUGAAGAUCUUCAUCUCCAACAGUGCCAUGAGGAGUGUGCCCAACAUCUUCAUCUCCAGCCUUGCUGUUGGUGACCUACUGCUGCUGGUGACCUGUGUGCCUGUGGAUGCCUCUCGGUAUUUCUCCGAGGAGUGGCUUUUUGGGGAGGUGGGCUGCAAGCUCAUCCCUGUCAUCCAGCUCACUUCCGUUGGGGUCUCUGUCUUCACCCUCACUGCUCUGAGCGCCGACAGGUACAAAGCAAUUGUAAAUCCCAUGGAUAUCCAAGCAUCCAGUGCAGUGCUAUGGACCUGUGUGAAAGCAGUUGCCAUCUGGAUAAUCUCCAUGCUCCUGGCUGUUCCUGAAGCGGUGUUCUCUGAGUUGGCCCACAUCAAUGAAACAAAUAAUGCCACUUUCACAGCGUGCAUACCUUACCCCAAGAGGGAUAACAUGCACCCAAAGAUACAUUCCGUGCUGAUUUUCCUAGUGUAUUUCCUUAUCCCUCUUUCCAUUAUUAGUAUCUACUACUAUCAUAUUGCAAAAACUUUAAUAAAAAGUGCUCACAACAUCCCUGGAGAAUACAGUGAACAUUCCAAAAGACAAAUGGAGACUCGGAAACGUCUAGCAAAAAUAGUUCUAGUUUUUGUUGGCUUCUUUGCUAUCUGUUGGUUUCCUAACCAUGUGCUGUACAUGUACCGGUCCUUUAAUUACAAUGAGAUUGAUCCAUCCGUAGGGCAUAUGAUCAUUACCCUAGUGUCCCGAGUGCUAAGCUUCUGCAACUCCUGUGUCAACCCAUUUGCACUGUAUUUUCUCAGUGAGAGCUUUAGAAGACAUUUCAACAGCCAACUUUGCUGCAAGAGGAAAUCUCAGCAACAGAGAUCUGCCAGUUAUUUACACAACUCUUCUGCCAUUCGAAUUACUUCCCUGAAAAGCAAUAACAGGAACACAGUGACAAGCACAACACUCCUGAAUGGACAUAACUCCAAACAAGAAAUGUCAUUAUGA